AGGUAGGUGGUUAAAUCCAGCCACCGCCUGCCGUCCGCAACAGACGUAGCUCUAUCAUUUUGUUUCCGAUGUCUCUCGAGCUAAACACAAACGACGAAUACUCCAAAUUCUCAUAUACAUACGUAUACACGGAAUAGGGCUUUCUUCUUCUUCUUCGAUCGAACUUAUAAAUUCAACCAAUUUCCAAUCUUUCUCCCUAUUUCUCGCGCAUAUGUGAACAUAUUUCUAUACUCAAUCCAGUUUUGGUUUACUUCAAAAGAAUGCCCGCUUGGUGGAAUAAGAAAGGUUGGAGCAAAGACUCGGAUAAUUCGGCUAAGAAGAGAGGCAAAAAUUUUGACAACCAAAAAGUCAACUGCUUCCACGAAGCUCACGCGCCUACAAUUAGCCGAGCCGGAGAUUCAUCUGGCUUCGAUUCUUUCGAUAAAGGCCACCCGCACCCGUUGCCUAGGCCGUUCAAUGAUCAGCUUCACGGAGGCGCCUCUGGAUCGGGUUCGGUUUCGAGCGUCAGCUCAUCUGGCUCGUCCGAUGAUCACGCUGCUUUUAGAGGGCAUGGGGAGAACAAAUUGAGUCGAGGCUCCAGGUGCAGUACAACACCCGUAUCACCUCUUCAUGCUCGUCUUGGUGGAAUGAGCUUGGACUCUCCCGGUGGGAAACUGGAGGAAGGGAAGAGUGAGUUUCAUAAACUGCCCCUUCCACCUGGCUCUCCAUCUAGCCCUUCUGCAUUACCAACUCCAAGAAGUCCUGGCACAACUGAAAGCUCAAGUUAUAAUGCUUCCAAAUGGAGACAAGGAAAACUUCUAGGAAGAGGCACUUUUGUUCAUGUUUACCUUGGCUUUAACAGUGAGAAUGGGCAAAUGUGUGCCAUAAAAGAAGUCAGACUUGUUUCAGAUGAUCAGUCAUCAAAAGAAAGUCUCAAGCAACUGAAUCAGUGUUGUUAGGGUCGUGGGGCGCUCUGGGUCGAUGAGGUGGGAAUCUGGGUCGCGGGCCGAUGAAGCGUCGGGGCGAGCGCCCCACGAAUCGGGGCGCUAGAAUAGGCGAAUUAUAUUAAUAUAUAUAUAUAUAUAUAUAGUUGUGAAUCUGUGAUACAUUCCUACCUGCACAGUUCUAAAGAUAAGCUUAUAGGAAAAAUAUAGUAGAAAAUUUUUAAAUAGCAUAAGUCCAAAACACAAACUCAAUAAUUGUUCCAAAACAAGUUGCAAAAUAUGAAGUAAAACUCGUGGUUGGAACUUGGAAAGGCAGAGGCUGAAAGUAAGUAUUUGGUUUG